AAGGAAGUUUGGCUGAAGUAUAAAAUGAACGGCAGGAGCUUUGGACCGGCAGCACAGCGGGGAGCGAGCUGCUGGUCGGUACCGGAGGCUGAGCCGCGCGUGGACACACGUCACUGACCGCCUUUCAUCUCACCGCCACCCCGGAAAGAGCGCAGCCAUGGCGGGCAGCAGCUCGGAGCAGCGCGCGCUGCAGUACGAACAAACCCUGAUGUAUGGGCGUUACACCCAGGAACUUGGGGAGUACGCUAAAGAGGAGGCGGCGCGGCUGAGGGAGAGCGGUCCCAGGCGGUCCAUCAGCGAACGCAGACGGACUCUGGACCUGCUGGAGUACGACAAGGGGCGCUGCGCCAAGUGCCGUAUCUGCACAGUUCGCUGCCAGAAGUUCCUGAUCUCACGGGUCGGGGAGGACUGGAUCUUCCUGAUCCUGCUGGGACUGGUCAUGGCGCUGGUCAGCUGGGCGGUGGACUUCUGCAUCGCCAUCUGCCUCCAAGCACAGAAGUGGAUGUAUGGUGGUCUGGACAGCAACGUGUUCCUGCAGUACCUGGCCUGGGUCACCUACCCGGUGGUCCUGAUCACCUUCUCUGCUGGCUUCACUCAGAUCCUGGCCCCCCAGGCUGUAGGUUCAGGGAUCCCUGAGAUGAAGACCAUCCUGAGGGGGGUGGUGCUGAAGGAGUACCUCACCUUCAAAACCUUUGUGGCCAAAGUCAUCGGGCUCACCUGCUCCCUGGGCAGCGGCAUGCCUCUGGGCAAGGAGGGUCCCUUCGUUCACAUCGCCAGCCUGUGUGCUGCUCUGCUCAGCAAGUUCAUGUCUCUGUUUGGAGGAAUCUAUGAGAAUGAGUCGAGGAACAUCGAGAUGCUGGCGGCAGCGUGUGCGGUGGGAGUGGGGUGCUGCUUCGCCGCCCCCAUCGGAGGUGUGCUCUUCAGCAUCGAAGUAACUUCCACCUUCUUCGCUGUGAGGAACUACUGGAGAGGAUUCUUUGCUGCCACCUUCAGCGCCUUCAUCUUCAGAGUGCUGGCUGUGUGGAACCGAGACGAAGGAAGCUGCUAUCAUCAUUAUUACAUCACGGUUUAUGGUCCAGCAGUAGUUGUCAUGGCGACAGGCCGUUUCCCAUUGGCUGUAAUCACAGCGGUCUGGCUGAAGGUUUGUCUCCUCUCUGGUUGGCAGCUGACCCAGAGGGAGGCGCUGGUGACUCUGUUGGACAACCGGACGUGGGCCAAACAGGGCGUCGCUGACGAAUUCGACUACAUCGGAAACUCCCAGGCCUGGAAACACCCGCAGGUCAACGUCUUCGUCACUCUGGUCCUCUUCAUCAUCAUGAGGUUCUGGAUGUCUGCCCUGGCCAUCACCAUCCCGGUGCCCUGCGGAGCCUUCAUGCCUGUGUUCGUUAUCGGAGCAGCCUUUGGCCGCCUGGUGGGAGAGAGCAUGGCCGCCUGGUUCCCAGAUGGCAUCCACUCGGACGGCUCCAUCUACCCCAUCGUGCCAGGAGGAUACGCCGUUGUGGGUGCUGCGGCCAUGUCAGGCGCCGUCACCCACACCGUUUCCACGGCGGUCAUCGUGUUCGAGCUGACUGGUCAGAUCUCCCACAUCCUGCCGGUGAUGAUAGCCGUGAUCCUCGCCAACGCCGUGGCUCAGUCUCUGCAGCCGUCGCUCUACGACUCCAUCAUUCGGAUCAAGAAGCUGCCCUACCUCCCAGAGCUGGGCUGGGGUCACCAGGAGAGGUAUAACAUCCGUGUGGAGGACAUCAUGGUACGGGAUGUGCGCUACAUCACGCUGGACUGCUGCUACAGAGACCUGCACAAUGUCCUGAUGUCGGGUCACCUGAAGACUCUGGCCCUGGUGGAAUCUGCUGAGUCCAUGAUCCUGCUGGGCUCCAUAGCGCGCGCUCAGCUGCAGUUGCUGCUCUCCCAGCAGCUGAGUCGCAGCAGACGCAUGGAGUUCAUCAGGGAGCGCGCUGCAGCCGAGAAGAAACACCUGUCAGUGGAGUCCAUCAACGACAGCGAGGACGGCCGCCAGCGGGCCAGCCAGGAAGUCCGCUUCCAGGUGAGUUUUCCUCAGGAGGCCAGCAGAGGAUCACUGACGGGCCCACAGGACCAUUCCGGCACCUUGAAGAGCCUGUUCUGCUCCAGUCCAGACAUAGAAGCUCUAGAGAAAAACAACAACUUGGAGAGUCCCGUGUCUCCUGAGCAAAGGAGGCCGUCCAAACGGGUCCGGAUAUCCGUCGUGGAAGAUGGAGACGUGGAAGACGACAUGACGCUUAGAGAGAUCGCAGAGUGGGAGGAGAAACAACUCGAUGAGCAGGUGGACUUCAGCACCUGCAAGAUUGACCCCGCCCCUUUCCAGCUGGUGGAGCGCACGUCGCUGCAUAAGACUCACACCAUCUUCUCCUUGCUGGGCCUUGACCACGCCUAUGUCACCAGCAUCGGGCGCCUCAUCGGGGUGGUUUCCCUGAAGGAGCUCCGUAAAGCCAUCGAGGGCUCAGUGACGGUGAAAGGCGUGAAGGUGCGUCCUCCUCUAGCCAGCUUCAGGGACAGCGGGACCAGCAGCAGCGAGACCGAGGCUACCGAGCUCCACAAGCUGUGGGACCGCCACCGGAGCGUUUCGCUGCCGGGGGACCAAGCCACCUCCGAGUCUGACGAGAAGUCUCCAUGAUAGGAAGCCGAGGACCAGGGAGGAGGAGGAGGAAGAAUGAAGGUCUUUCAUCUCUAAUGCCACAGACAUGCUGAACUCCUCAGGGCGACAAUCCUUAUUAAAGGCCUUCUCUCCACACUCCUGAUCUGCAGCUCCUCCUCCUCCUGCCUCACCAGGGCUUCCUCCAGGAACCUCGUAAUGACCCAGCCAGACACUGCCCCAGCUCUCCAUUUAGCCUUGGGGUCCCACAGCGUCAAGUGUUUGCCAUCGCCAAACCUGGACUUUUUAAAAAGGGAAUAUUUUUCUAGACUUUUAUUUUUAUGCUUGUUUAUGUUCAGAGUCGGAGCCACAGAUCAAGUCUUCCUCCUAAAUCCUGACGACUGCAGCGAUCCUGUAAGGAACGCCUGAGGAGAGAGGGGAUGAGGGGAGGAAGGAGAGAGGGAAUGAGGGGAGGAAGGAGAGCGUUCAGGAGGUGUAGCUUUAUCUCAUAGUAGUUUUUUUUACAGCCUUAGAACAAAUUCAGUCUGUGAUCAAACUUCCAUGCGUGACGAGGGAAACGUUUCAGUUCCUUCAUCCUGACCUGCGGCGGCGAGCAGGCGGGCCUGACGACACCAUGAGCUCCUUUACUGUAGCUGUGGGGGAUGAGGAGGGCAGGAAGGAGGAAGGCUCCCCCUUCCUGAAACGCUUCCCCCUUCCGAAAUGCUCCCCCCUUCCGAAACGCUCCGGUGGCCUCCUGAAACGCUCCCCCCUUCCGAAACGCUCCCCCCUCCUGAAACGCUCCGGUCGCCUCCUGAAACGCUC